UUGAGAAGAUGCCCAAAGUAAAGAGAAGCAGGAAAGCUCCUCCGGAUGGCUGGGAACUGAUUGAACCAACAUUGGAUGAGCUGGAUCAAAAAAUGAGAGAAGCGGAGACUGAGCCUCAUGAAGGGAAGAGGAAGGUAGAAUCCCUCUGGCCCAUCUUCAGAAUUCAUCACCAGAAAACACGCUACAUCUUUGAUCUCUUCUAUAAGAGAAAAGCUAUUAGCAGAGAACUGUAUGAAUACUGUAUCAGAGAAGGAUAUGCUGACAAAAACCUGAUUGCAAAGUGGAAGAAACAGGGUUAUGAGAACCUUUGCUGCCUGCGCUGUAUCCAGACUCGGGAUACCAACUUUGGAACUAACUGCAUUUGCAGGGUCCCAAAAAGCAAGCUGGAAGUGGGGAGAAUCAUUGAGUGCACUCACUGUGGAUGCAGAGGCUGCUCAGGGUGAAAUCUUUAAAAACUGGACACUUCUUUUGAGGUUCUGAAAAGUGCUGAUUCCACAUCAUGGACUUUUACUGCUAUAAUUGUCUUGUAUAAACCCUGCAGUGAGUCAAGCUUCCUUUAACAGUCUGAACAGCAAUAUGUCCACCUGGAUCAUAAAAUGCAGUAGUGAGUGAUUUUGAUUAGUCUUGUGUAUCCAUUUUAUUUUAAAAUAAAAUUUUACCUCCCCCACA